AUGGCAACAAACGAAUCUAUGGACUCUUUGCCUCCUUCAGCUAAGUUAGCCAUGCUUCACGCCCAGGCUGCUAAUAAUGCUACCGUUACUGAGCCCACACCUGCUACAUCCAGUCCCGCUGUUCAGGUUGAAGAAGACACUUUUGUUCCUUCGCCCGAUGAUCCCAUAGUCAUGGACAACUCUACUUUUGAACCUCUCAUCGCCGGCGAUUUCCCAGCACCGAUUGGUAAGCCAGUAUCCACGCCCAAGAAAGAACUCAAACCAAAGAAGAAAGAAAAACUUGAUUUGAACUCGGAAUCUGCUUUCCCUUCUCUCUCUGCUGUUCCUCGUACUUCUAUUGCUACUGGUGGUGGCUGGUCAUCCGCUGCUAGUUCGCGUGUCAAGUCUCCUCAAGUUGGCAACUCUCCUUCUCCCAAUCGCCGAUCUAUGGCACCACCUGCUGCUGGCAGUAAUAAAAAAUCGUCAUCUGCCACACAAAUUACCGAUGUUCUAGAAUUGCCCGCUAAUCAACAAAUUGCCAACAUGCCUAACAAACCUCUUGGUUUUAAAAGCAGUGCCGAUGUUAUUCAGCAAGUUAUCAAUAGAACAGGCACCAAUAUUAUUGCUUCUACUAAUCGUUCUGGUACUACUACAUUCUUGAUUCAGGGCGCUCCCGCUGAAGUCUCUAAAGCUAAACGUGAAUUAGUUGCUGGUUUAGUGGUUAAGCGAACUGUCGAAAUUACAGUCCCUGCCUCUACAAAACGUUUCAUCAUCGGUGCAAGAGGCGCAACUUUGAAGCAAAUUGAGGCCAAGUCCAGUACUCGUAUCAAUUUCCCUCGAAAGGAAGACGAAGAUUUUAACAUUGAUGAAAAUCCUGACGAACCUGUAACAGUCACCAUUAUGGGUGAUGCUACUGGUAUCAAGAUGGCCAAGGAAGAAAUUCAAAAAAUUGUGGGUGAAAAGGCUGCUAAGCAAACUAUCAAGGUUGAUAAUCUCGACAGCAAAUUUUACCUUUUCUUAGCCGGUCCUGACAAUAACAAUAUUAGAAAGAUUGAGGAAGAAUGCAACGUUAAGAUUAAUAUUCCAGCUAUUAUUGUAGAAGGCAAUACUAACUGUGAUACUGUCAUCUCUAUUUAUGGUGAUAAGGAAAAGGCCAAUGCGGCUAAACAAGCUUUGGAAAAGAAUUAUUUAGAAAUUGAGAAGAACAGUCGCACAGUUGCUAUCAGUAUUCCUAAGCGUCAGCACAAAUACCUUUACGGUAAGAACGGUGAAAAUUUGAAAGAAAUCUUUGCAGAAUCAGGCUGUACCGUUGAGCUUCCUACUUCAGAUGAUCCCUCUGAAAAUGUCAUCAUUCGCGGUUUGGAUGCUGACCUCGUCAAAGGCUUGACUGUUGUAAUGGAAAAAGCACGUGCUGUACACGUUAGUGUUCUGGAUUUAGCCGAAAACUAUAAAUCUACUGGUAGUGAUGCCUUGCAAAAUGCUCGUAAUGCUUUGAAAUACUUGAUUACAAAAAAGAGUAUCAAGAAGAUUGAGGAUGAGCACAAUGUCCAAGUGGGUAUACCUCGCUCUGAUGAACUUGAAAAAGCCGUUAACUUGGAAUUCGUCAGCAAGGUAGAAAAAGAUGCUGCUUUGGCUCAACUAGCUGUCUCCAACAUCGUACGUAAUUUGACGCCUGAUGUCUUCAGCCAUGUCGAUAUCAAGCAAUAUCUUCAUCACUAUAUUUGCACCAGCCACCGUGCUGCCCUCGAACGUAUUCAAUCUACGAACUCUGUGAUCACCAUUAUACCGGAAGAAGAAGAGCAAACAGAUAAACUAUUGAUUGUUUACGAUGGCGAAGAUAAAUCUGCUGCUAAGGCUUCUCUUGAAGCUGCUGCUGCCGAAUUAAAUCAAGUUGUCGCUGACUCUUCUGAUUACAUCUCUAAGACGACCUCGAUUCCUUCUAAGUUCCAUGAAUCCCUUCGUGGUCCAAGAUAUACUACUUUGAAUGCUAUUAUUGGCGAUUCGGAUGUUGUUGUUCGUUUUGGUCCCGGUGAUAAGGUUGAAGUCCGUGGCCUCACGAAGCAAGUCAAUCACGUAAUGACUGAACUUCAAAAAGCAUUCAAUAUUGUCCAGGAAGAGGAUUAUAGCAAGCCUUAUUCUACCGAGUUCUUCAUUCCUUCCAACUUCUCCGCGCAUAUUAUUGGUAAAUCAGGUAUGCACAUCAAUAAGAUCAAAGAUAAGCUCGGUGUCAAAAUUGAUAUUGGGGAGAACAAUAACAAUGAUAAAAGCGAAGAGAAGCCUUCUGGAAAGAAAGAUAAGAAGGGAGCUGCUUCAUCUGUUAAGGUGGUUAUUCAAGGUCCCAAGAUCAAUGCUGAAAGUGCCAAGGAUCACAUUAUGGCUCAAGUCCGUAAUUUAGCCGAUCAGGCCACACUCACUCUCAAGGUGCCUAAAGAAUUUCAUCGCUUGUUGAUAGGUCCCAGUGGUCGUUAUGUUAGAAAGCUUGAGGAGAAAUACAACGUUCAUAUUCGUUUCCCUAGAUCAAACCGUGGUGAUGAAAGCCCCUCUAGCUCACCUGCCCCCACGAACCCCAAUGAAAUCACUGUUCGAGGCGGUAAGAAGGAUGCUCAAGCUGCGAAGGAAGAAUUAAUGGAGCUCUAUGAAUAUGAAAAGGAAGAGCAGGAAAAGAGAAAGGAGAGAGAACAAAAGCAUAAAGAAUACGAAGAAAAGCGUGCUGCUGAAGAAAAAAGAAGAGCUGAGGAAAGAGCUGCUAGAGAAGCUAGAGAAGCCGCCAAGGAAGCCGCUCGUGAGGCAAAGAAGGCUGAAAAGGAAGCUGCCGCUGCUAAGAAUGAGUAA